UUCUCACGUCCAAUCAUGGCGGAACAGACUGAGAGGUCGUUUCAGAAACAGCCAACUGUUUUUCUGAACAACAAGAAAAAUUUGAUGUCCGUUAAAGGGCAGAAAAACACACGCCAUUUCAAGAGUGUUGGUCUAGGAUUUAAGACACCAAGAGAGGCAAUUCUUGGAACCUACAUUGACAAGAAAUGUCCCUUCACAGGAAACGUGUCCAUCCGUGGACGCAUUCUGACAGGCGUUGUCCAGAAAAUGAAAAUGCAGAGAACAAUUGUGAUCCGACGCGACUACCUGCACUACGUUAAAAAGUACAAGAGAUUCGAGAAGAGGCAUAGAAACAUGUCUGUGCACCUUAGUCCAUGCUUCAGGGACGUGGAGAUGGGAGACAUUGUGACUGUCGGUGAAUGUAGACCACUCAGCAAAACUGUACGCUUCAACGUCCUGAAGGUCUCCAAGGGAGGUGCCAAUUCCAAGAAGGGAUUCAAAAAAUACUAAUGUACUAUAAAUAAAAAAAAGUCUGUCAAAAA